GUGGCAAUCACCCGCUGAUUCUUUUCUACUAACCACAAAGACAUUGGCACCCUUUACCUAGUGUUCGGUGCCUGGGCCGGGAUAGUUGGAACAGCACUAAGUUUGCUAAUUCGGGCUGAACUAAGCCAACCCGGAGCACUACUUGGUGAUGACCAAAUCUAUAAUGUUAUCGUCACGGCACAUGCCUUCGUAAUAAUUUUCUUUAUAGUAAUGCCUAUUUUAAUUGGCGGAUUUGGAAACUGACUGGUUCCACUCAUGAUCGGAGCCCCCGACAUAGCAUUUCCCCGCAUAAAUAACAUGAGCUUUUGGCUCCUUCCACCAUCAUUCCUACUCCUACUGGCCUCUUCAGGAGUUGAAGCAGGAGCAGGAACCGGGUGGACAGUCUACCCCCCUCUUGCCGGAAACCUGGCCCACGCAGGCGCAUCCGUAGAUCUUACUAUUUUUUCCCUUCAUCUGGCAGGAGUUUCUUCAAUUUUAGGCGCUAUUAACUUCAUUACUACAAUUAUUAAUAUAAAACCACCCGCCAUAUCACAGUACCAAACACCACUAUUUGUUUGAUCAGUCUUAGUUACUGCAGUACUUCUCCUACUAUCCCUACCAGUCCUAGCGGCGGGAAUCACUAUACUUCUUACAGACCGCAACUUAAAUACAACAUUUUUCGAUCCGGCAGGAGGAGGAGACCCAAUCCUGUACCAACACCUAUUCUGAUUCUUCGGACACCCAGAAGUCUAUAUCCUGAUCCUACCAGGAUUUGGUAUAAUCUCCCAUAUUGUAGCCUAUUACGCCGGCAAAAAAGAACCUUUCGGAUACAUGGGCAUGGUUUGAGCAAUAAUAGCCAUCGGUUUGCUAGGGUUCAUUGUAUGGGCACACCACAUAUUUACAGUAGGAAUAGACGUGGACACCCGUGCCUAUUUUACUUCCGCCACAAUAAUCAUCGCAAUCCCAACCGGGGUAAAAGUUUUCAGCUGACUAGCAACCCUGCAUGGCGGGUCAAUCAAAUGAGACACACCCCUCCUAUGAGCCCUUGGGUUCAUCUUCCUAUUCACCGUGGGUGGCUUAACCGGAAUCGUCCUAGCAAACUCAUCUCUUGACAUCGUUCUACACGACACAUACUACGUUGUAGCCCACUUCCACUACGUUCUAUCAAUAGGUGCUGUAUUCGCCAUCAUAGGUGCUUUCGUCCACUGAUUCCCCCUAUUCACAGGAUACACACUCCACAGCACAUGAACAAAAAUCCACUUCGGAGUUAUAUUUGUCGGAGUAAAUUUAACCUUCUUCCCACAACACUUCCUAGGACUAGCUGGAAUGCCACGCCGAUACUCUGACUACCCGGAUGCCUACACACUAUGAAACACAAUCUCUUCAAUUGGCUCUCUCAUCUCAUUAGUGGCCGUUAUUAUAUUCCUAUUUAUUCUAUGAGAAGCAUUCGCUGCCAAACGAGAAGUUAUGGCCGUAGAGCUUACCACAACAAAUGUUGAAUGACUGCACGGCUGCCCCCCGCCUUACCACACGUUUGAAGAACCAGCCUUUGUACAAAUACAAUACACAUUUACACACCCAGACCUUCUAAACCCUAACUACUACUGACGAGGAAGG